AGAUAAGCGCUACCAAAUCUUUUUAGUUUUUAUUUUAUCAAUGUACAUUUCCUCACAUACUUGUACGUCAGCACUGUCCACCCUAGAUGUGGUGAUGUGAUUUCUGCACCGGGACGGAAAUAGAUUAGACACUCAGGUUAAGAAGAAUGAAGUUUGUCCUUCUACGCGCACUGUAAGGGUGAUAUUCCAAUAUGGCGAGCUCCAUGCUGUGUCGCGCGAGGUGCCGGAGCUUGGCGGGGCUGUGCACCACGGCUGGGAGGUCUCAUCACUCCACUCCAAAGUCCCUCUUCACCAAGAUCCUCCUCCAGAUGAAUCAGAGGUUUUACGACGUAGAGGUGUUCUGGCGUUGGAGCAGGUGGCUCAAGUCUCGCAGAGUUCAACGUAAAAAUGCAUACUUUGGUUUCACUCAGAAGAAGUUUGGAGUGAAUAUAGCAGCAGCGUAUUACGUCCUACAUCUCGGAGGAAGCUUCCGGUUCACUGACCAAUCAGAAUGGGUUCAUGCUAACUCAAGAGGGAAGUUUAGCUACAACUUCUUAAACACACCUGAUUCAACUAUUGAGGAGGUGGACCUGAGCAGGACUCUCAUAAACCACAAUGGGCUGGACAACAUCGUGAGUCAGAAGACUCUGCGCUCCCUUAGCGUGCAGGGCUGUCCCAAUGUGGAUGACUGGUUCCUUGCUCGCCUGCAUGUCUUUGGUGAGAGCCUGCAGGAGCUGGACGUGUCCCACUGUCCUCGCAUCACUGUGGGGGGCCUGGUGGCAUUGCAGCACCUCCGGAAGUUGCGGCGCCUGGAUGUGUCAUCGCUGGUGGGCGUGUCAAGCCCUAGUCUGGUGCGGAUCCUUCUGGAGGAGAUGCUGCCCCUCUGUGAGGUCACCGGAGCAGAAUACGAUCAGGGGUUCGUCCAGCACGACAGCAUGGGACAGCUGAAGGAGGACACGGUCACUGCCACAAAGGCACACACAGACAGUGUCUCAGCAGCGCAGAGGCGAUGAUGGGAUAGUGGCUGGAAACGCGCUCCUUCCCUGUCUGUAUUUAUCCUGCUGGCUCUGAGCCGCGCCUGGCUCCUUCUCACUCAGGGGAGUUCUUGUUCUUGCAGGCUGCAUGACCUCUGACCCAGGAGGACUUGUGCUUCACAUGGCAACAAUGUACAAUACAAGAUUAGACCAAAAUUCAAGAGCUGUUUUUAUUGUAUCCUCUUGUGUAUCCUCUUGAAGUAUAUAAGGUAUUUAACAAAUUCUGCUUCAUUUGUGGAAUAAAACAUUAUUUAAAAUUA